AUGGCCUUCAAGCACGGGCUGAGUGAACGCCUCGACGAGCUGCGGUUCCCUUCCCCACGAUCCCCACCUUCGGAGUCUGCUUUCCCUGGGUACACAUCUCUUUCCCCGGGUCAUUCGAACUUUGGAUCGCGGUUCUCAACCCGGCCGACGGGUGAUGUUCGAGCGAAUCUGCAGCGCCGCUUUACCACCGAUUCAAGCAAAUUCUCUUCAUGGGGAUAUUUGAAUCAAGGCUCUGGUGCGAGUUCGAGCACGGGCUCGACCCAGGAUCCGUUAGAUCUGUUAUCUUCGCAAUUUGAAAAGAAAAAACAACACCUCGAAUACAUGCGGGAACAGAAACGCCGUUUCGAGGAAGAUAUGAAGAUUCUUGAUCUACAACACGCACGCGAGAAGCUGGAAAUGGAUCAACUGGCUCGUGAAAUGGCUCAGAAUGGUCUUUCUGGCACAGACAGCGAGCCCACCACUCCUCCCGAGUACCGUGAAACCGCUGUGACCAGUGCUUUCAGCCGUCCCAGCCGUUUCUCUACUUCCAGCGUCACUUCUUCGCCAGGGUUUUUCAAUGCCUUUGCUCCUUCGGUCAUGACCUCGCCCCAGGCUGUCACGCACUCUAACCAGCAUUCGGUCGACCGCUUUGCAGGGCACUCUGUUCCUGGUUCUCGUCGCAACUCUGAGAAGGAUGCUUUUCUUUCUGAUCCUUCCUCGCCCUUCCGACCAGCCCAGAAUGGCCACCGAUACUCGAUGCCGUCUGGCAACCCCAAUGGCAAUAGCCGGAACAGCAUCAGUGGAUUGAACAAUGCCGCUCCCACUUCCGGUAUGGACAACUGGGGCACUAAGUAUCUAUUUCAAACUGCCGAGGAGAAGUCUCUUGGACACCUGAGAGAAUUGGAGCGACUUUCUACCCCUGAUAUCAAGAGUUAUAUCAAGUUGACUGAACCCGAUGACAAGUUCCCAACUCUGUUGCGCAGUGGUAACUCUAUACUGUCGGCAAACCCUGAUGCCCAUGAUCUUGCCAAUCCUCGUGGACAUGGAAAUGAUGCCUUCUCUCACCACAGUCGCAACCGAUCUUCACACCAGAGCUUGCCCCACAACAUCAUCAACUAUGGACAGUUACCCAACCACAACGAUGAUUACGGCAAUGGCAAUUCUGUUCAUGCACGCCAUGGUGCUCGUCAUUCCUUCAGCAGCAACAUUUCCUUCCAUGAUGAUCGUCACGAUGAGCUGGCUACUCCUGUUCCCUCGAGCCGCCCCACUGCUCUGCAGUCGUCAUACUCGACCAACGAUCUGCCUACUGUGAAGGGCAACGGUAAUGGAAACGGACAUGCUGUUACCCCAAGCAAGGUCUCCCAUGAGCAUGUGCACCAGCACAGUGCUAGCAUGGGACGCAUUUCUCAGGGUGUUGCGAACAACCGCCAGAUCAAGACUGAGAUGGAAGAACCUGAGCUGAAUAGCAAUCACCAAACUCAGACCACUCUGCAGGCGAGUGCUGCGCCUUUCGGACCGCAGCUGACAUCCCCUACAUCCAACAACUUUGUCCCUGGCGCAUCUUCUCAGAUGGGUUUACCAUUCCAAGUUCCUGCUGUUCCUUCGUUCGGUUACGGAGUCCAGCCAUACGUCAACCAAGUAACUCCUAUCAACGGCCACGUGCAGAACUUCCCAGGUGCUGCAGCUUACAACAGCAGCUAUCCUCAAUAUGCCCCUGGUUUCCGCUUCAAUGAAGGUGCUGGCCGAGGCGGCAUGGCCCAGCGCCGUCAGGAAACCGAUGCAAGCCAGCUCACUCGUUUCGGCAACUACCCUCUCGAGCACUACAAGGGCGAAUUGUACAGCCUAUGCAAGGACCAGCAUGGCUGCCGAUACUUGCAGCGCAAGUUGGAGGAGCGCAAUGAGGACCAUGUGCAGCUAAUUUUCAGUGAAGUUUACAUGCAUGUGAUUGAACUGAUGACGGAUCCUUUCGGAAAUUAUCUUUGCCAGAAGUUGCUUGAAUAUUCCAACGACGAACAGCGCACUGCUUUAAUUGACAAUGCCGCUUCGCAGUUGGUCAAGAUUGCCUUGAACCAGCAUGGAACGCGUGCCCUGCAGAAGAUGAUUGAGUUUAUUUCGACUCCUCAGCAGACUCAGACUGUGAUAAAUGCUUUGCAGCACCAUGUUGUUGAUCUUGUGCAAGACUUGAAUGGCAACCAUGUCAUUCAGAAAUGUCUCAACCGCCUCACUCCUGAGGAUGCUGAGUUCAUUUAUGACGCUGUUGGUGGUAACUGUGUGGUUGUUGGCACUCACCGUCAUGGAUGCUGCGUUCUUCAGCGUUGCAUUGACCAUGCUUCUGGUGACCAGAAGGCUCGCCUGAUUGCUCAGAUCACCUCGCACUCGUUUGCGCUAGUUCAGGAUCCUUUCGGCAAUUAUGUUGUGCAGUACAUUCUGGAUCUGAAUGAGCCCAGCUUCACUAACCCACUGUGCGCUACUUUUGGAGGCAACAUCCCUCAGCUAUCAAAGCAGAAGUUCAGCUCCAAUGUCAUUGAGAAAUGUCUUCGCACCGCUGAUAACUACAUGAAGCGUGAGAUGAUUGACGAAUUCCUUGCAGGCAAUGAGCUUGAGAAGAUGCUGCGUGAUUCCUUUGCAAACUAUGUUGUUCAAACUGCCAUGGAUUUCUGCGACCCCGACACCCGCAACCGAAUUGUCGACGCUGUUCGCCCCAUCCUGCCUUCCAUUCGCCAGACUCCUCAUGGCCGCCGUAUCGCCGGCAAGAUCAUGGCCGCUGAUGGCAACAGCCGCAGCAAUGGCAGCAGCGCUGUUACCAGCGGCCAGGCAACCCCCAACGAGGUUAGCAACACCGCCCAGGUCCCAAAGGCCAUGUUGGCUAAGCCAUUCAUGUACCAAUCCGGUCCUCAGCCUUCUGGCGUUCAGUCUCCAACCUCCAGCGGAUACAGCAGCAACACCUAUGUGCCGCAUUCCUCCCAAAGCUCGGUCUCGAACACCCCUUCUGGACAGAGUGACAGCUCGUCUGUUUACAAUGUCCCUCCUCCUCAGCAAACCGCAAACCUUGGAGCGCCGAGUCAACUCUACACCUACUUCUGA